GGCGGGCGGCGGCGGCCGGGGAGGCCCCGGAGGCCGCGGCGCGGUCACUGCCACCCGAGCCGAGCCGAGCCCCGCUGAUCGCCAUCCGGGCCCGGCUCUCGCGCUUGAUCCCGGCCAGCGGCGCAGCCCAGCGGGCCAGGCGGCGCCGCUGCCCAUGGAGCUCGAGAACAUCGUAGCAAACACGGUGCUACUCAAGGCCCGAGAAGGUGGUGGCGGGAAUCGCAAAGGCAAAAGCAAGAAAUGGCGGCAGAUGUUACAGUUCCCCCACAUCAGCCAGUGCGAAGAGCUGCGGCUCAGCCUCGAGCGCGACUACCACAACCUGUGUGAGCGGCAGCCCAUCGGGCGCCUGCUGUUCCGUGAGUUCUGUGCGACGAGGCCCGAGCUGACCCGCUGUGUUGCCUUCCUGGAUGGGGUGGCGGAGUAUGAAGUGACCCCCGAUGAGAAGCGGAAGGCGUGUGGGCGGCGGCUAAUGCAGAAUUUUCUGAGCCACACGGGUCCUGACCUCAUCCCUGAGGUCCCUCGACAGCUGGUGACUAACUGCGCCCAGCAGCUGGAGCAGGGCCCCUGCAAAGACCUCUUCCAGGAGCUCACCCGGCUGACCCACGAGUACCUGAGCAUGGCCCCUUUUGCUGACUACCUCGACAGCAUCUACUUCAACCGUUUCCUGCAGUGGAAGUGGCUAGAAAGGCAGCCGGUGACCAAAAACACCUUCAGGCAGUACCGAGUCCUGGGCAAAGGCGGCUUUGGGGAGGUGUGCGCCUGCCAGGUGCGGGCAACAGGCAAGAUGUACGCCUGCAAGAAGCUGGAGAAGAAGCGGAUCAAGAAGCGGAAGGGGGAGGCCAUGGCGCUCAACGAGAAGCAGAUCCUGGAGAAAGUGAACAGUAGGUUUGUAGUGAGCUUGGCCUAUGCCUAUGAGACCAAGGACGCCCUGUGCUUGGUGCUGACACUGAUGAACGGAGGCGACCUCAAGUUCCACAUCUACCAUAUGGGCCAGGCUGGCUUCCCUGAAGCGAGGGCCGUCUUCUAUGCUGCCGAGAUCUGCUGUGGCCUGGAGGACCUGCACCGGGAGCGCAUUGUGUACAGGGACCUGAAGCCAGAGAACAUCCUUCUGGAUGACCACGGCCACAUCCGCAUCUCUGACCUGGGACUGGCCGUGCACGUGCCCGAGGGCCAGACGAUCAAAGGCCGUGUGGGCACUGUGGGCUACAUGGCUCCGGAGGUGGUGAAGAACGAGCGGUACACGUUCAGCCCUGACUGGUGGGCGCUGGGUUGCCUCCUGUACGAGAUGAUCGCAGGCCAGUCGCCCUUCCAGCAGAGGAAAAAGAAGAUCAAGCGGGAGGAGGUGGAGCGGCUGGUGAAGGAGGUGCCCGAGGAGUAUUCCGAGCGCUUUUCCCCGCAGGCCCGCUCGCUCUGCUCCCAGCUCCUCUGUAAGGACCCCGCAGAGCGCCUGGGAUGUCGUGGGGGCAGCGCCCGUGAGGUGAAGGAGCACCCCCUCUUCAAGAAGCUGAACUUCAAGCGGCUGGGAGCUGGCAUGCUGGAGCCACCCUUCAAGCCUGACCCCCAGGCCAUCUACUGCAAGGAUGUUCUGGACAUCGAACAGUUCUCCACAGUGAAGGGCGUGGAGCUGGAGCCCACCGACCAGGACUUCUACCAGAAGUUUGCCACAGGCAGUGUGCCCAUUCCCUGGCAGAAUGAGAUGGUGGAGACUGAGUGCUUCCAGGAGCUCAAUGUCUUUGCGCUGGAUGGCUCAGUUCCCCCAGACCUGGACUGGAAGGGCCAGCCGCCUGCACCCCCCAAGAAGGGGCUGCUGCAGAGACUCUUCAGCCGCCAGGAUUGCUGUGGGAACUGCAGCGACAGUGAGGAAGAGCUCCCCACCCGCCUCGAGCUCCCCACCCGCCUCUAGCCCCGAGCCUGAGGCCCCCACCGGCAGUUGGCGGUAGCAGCUACUCCGGGCGCUGUUUACAGUUUUGCACAGUGGUCUUCCCCAUUGUCCAUUCGAGUCAUGGCCUGGGGAACAGCCGGAGCUGUCCCCUAUGUCCUCUGCCCCUCAGCUGCGGCCUGGCUGAGUUUGGCAUGGCCUGGGCCCUCGCUGGGACAAAGGUGCGUCCCUUCAGCUCUUCUCCAUAGAGCUCUGGGCUUUCUGUAUUUAUGUAUUUGUAUGAAUGUACAUAGCAACCCACCCUAGACCUGGCGCCUCUGCCCCAGCUCCCCAGGGCAGUGGGUCCUGGCUGGGACAGUGGGAGCUGGCGGAGGAGCCACUGCCAAACUCAAGGCUCCUCAGGCCCAGCUUGGAUGGGCCAAGACUGGACUAGACCCUCAAUGCCCAGCACUGUGCUGGCCACCACCGGCCUCUGAGUGAGACACCUGCCCUUGCCAUGCUGGGCUCAGGCUGCCACAUUCUGGGAGCCAGUGCUGUCCCUUUCAGCGCUUGCCAGAGCUGGAUCUGAGGCCUCUGUGUCCCCUAGGCCUAUGCCAAAGUGUGAGCAGAGAUUGGCUGGCCUGAGGCCCACCAGCCCCUGUCCUAGGUGGGUCUGCUUCUGCCUUCCAGCUCCCAGGCACGUCGUCCCUGAUGCUGGGCCUUGUCCUGAAGAUGCCUCUUUCAGAAAUGCCCUAGCCUAGGCCAUGGGUGGGGGUGUCCCUGGCCAACCCUCAGACAUUCUGGACUCCCCUCGUAACAACAGACACGUGCCCAGCAA